UGUGCUGUUUCUUUCACUGUGCAGACUCAACGAAUGAGAAAAGUGAAAAUAUGAUUUAUUCGUGUUGAUGACAUGAGGCUUGCGCCUCGCUUCCUGCUCACGCUCAGGUGUUGUGUCCCGCCCUCCUCGCAGGCGAUUGGCCAGCUAGCCUCGUGCCCUCAUCUGAUUGGUAGUUGGAAUCUCUACUUGAGCUCAGGUAAAAGAUCACACAGGUAAGAAGAGCGCGGAAGACUUUGCUGGACUUACUGUGUCGCUUCUUUCAGCUGCUGCGGUAAAUAUACCCCCCCAAAAAAACAAUACAUGUGUUUCUAAAACAAGAAUUUCACCUUAAGUGAACCUUUUGAAAUGGCAGCGAGUGUAGGGCCGGUCAUGAAUACGCCGCAGGGGAGCGACGAGCGGGUGGUUUUCACGCAGCUAAAGCCGGUGAGGAUGUCCGGAGCAGCGGACGGUGCCGAGGACUCAUCCGUGUUUGAAGACGUUAAGCCCGGGGUCCAGUUGGAGAUGGACAAAUACCUCCCGCAGAUCACCAGCUCGCUCUUGAGUCCCGCCAUCGACCUGAGCGACAAGAAGUACCGGCGGGAGAGCGCCUCGGUGGUGGACGAGUACUUCUCCGAGGACAAGCCCGGCGGCGCUCCCUACAGCUUCAACAUCAACGUCAUCCUCCCCAGCUCUUCUCACCUACGCACGGGUCUCUACCGCCACAACUGCAAGAGCCUGGCAACGACGCAGAUCAAGACAGAGCCCGGACUGGAGGUGCCCUGCUCCUCCGCCGGCACCCAGGCCCUGCCGGACUUCACUUCGGUGUUCAACGUGCCGCCCGUGGUCAACGGUGUUUUUAUCAAGCCGGACCUGAACACCGGAGGCGUCACCCUUUCCGGCGGGUCCCAGCAGCAGCAGCAGCAGCAGCAGCAGCAGCAGCAGCAGCAGCAGAGUUUGGACACGGAGCUUCACAUAGGACCCCCGGCCCCCCAGCCGCAGGUUUACCACAUGCCUGUCAACAGCACAGCAGACCUCACCAUGACUCUGUCUCACUCGGCACCCUCGGCGUCCGGUUGUCGGACCAUGCUCAACCUGGGCAACGCCGGCGGCUACCUGUUGGCUGAGCACCAGCUGGGGGCCCACCACGCUUAUUACCAGACAUCCACCCAGCAACACGCGGGCCCCCACAGCCUGCCACCCUCGCCCCCAAACUCGCAGCCGGGCAGCCCCGAGGCUCAGGCCGAGCUGCUGAGCUUGGCCAGCCAGCCGCCGCCUCCGUACCAACAGCAUCUGGUGGCUGGGACAAAAGUCACGGGGUUGUCUCAUCACGCCAUGCUGAUGACGCACGGCCAGGGUGUCCUCACGGGGCCCAAAUACAACCGGCGGAACAACCCGGAGCUGGAGAAGAGGAGGAUUCACUUCUGCGACUAUCCAGGCUGCACAAAAGUUUACACAAAGAGCUCACAUCUGAAGGCACACCAGAGGACGCACACGGGCGAGAAGCCGUACCGCUGCACGUGGGCCAACUGCGACUGGCGCUUCGCCCGUUCUGACGAGCUGACCCGACACUACCGCAAACACACGGGCGCCAAACCCUUCAAAUGCGUGGCGUGCAGCCGCUGCUUCUCACGUUCGGACCACCUGGCCCUGCACAUGAAGCGCCACCAGAAUUGAGAACGCCUCAACCAGAGCCGCUGCAGGAAGCGGUGCGGACAAAUCGGAAAAAAGGCACGCUUUUUCCUAAUCACAAAACAUCUUUUGCAAAAUCUGGUCAAACAAAAAAACAUGCAGAGCAGAGCGCAAACAUCUCUGACUUGCAUCAUUAACUUAAACUACAAAACAAAAACCUUUGCCUGAUCUGCUCUGCCAAGAAGUUUGCUUUCUUUGCCUUUGUGUACAUUGUAAAGUCAUUUUCAAGUUACCUUUUGUGGCAGUUUUUUAUAUUCCGUCUCAGCUAAUUCUCUUUGACAAAUUCCCAAACUUUCUGUGGGACAGGUGAAUGCCCCGCCCCUGCUCUCGUGUAAAUAAUGUUUAUAGAGCUAUUGUGCAUAUGCAAAGAAAUCAUUUCCCCCCCCAUAUUUUGUUAAUAUGAGUUUAAAUUUAUCUGAAGUGCGUCAAAAGAAAAAUGAAACCAAAUUGGACUUAGUCAUGGACUGGUUUUGCCUGUUUUGGAGGUCACAGGGCUCAGUCAUUGGCUGCUGUUUGUGCCGGGUCCUUCCAUGGCAACCAAUGUAUGUAAUCAAAUAUUUUUGGUGCCAUUUUUUGUUCAGUCAUUAAAAAAAAUGUUUUUUUUUAAAUAUACUUUGUAGGCCUCCAUCAUCGACACACGAGAGCACUGCAGUAAAAUUGUCUUAUUUCAAUGCUAAAA